AUGUCGGAGCAAUUUUCCGAGCCUGGCGAAGACGCCCAAUGUCAUCUCUACGGCGCAUUCUCCCUGCUAACCAGUUCUCGGGCGAAAUGGCCACCUGAUCGAAUCGACCUCAAGGGCACCGCGUUCUGGACGUUUGUCCGCCAGAGCCUGAGGAUAUGCUUUCUGUUCGAACAGGGGUGCCCGUUUGACUUGGGGAUUGUCGACUGUAGCAACCUCUUCGCCCCGGCCAAGGAUGAAAUAUGGACGAAUAGAAUGACGUAUCUGCUUGCGAGGACCUGUAACCUGUGCUGGGGCUCGGGGUACGAUGCAGACCCUCGCGUCGCUCAAUUAGAUGCCCUGGAGGUCGAUAUCAAUUCCUGGCGAGAGGCACUACCCGAUGCUUUCAAGGCCUGGUAUUAUCGCCAGACGCGGAGCGAGACAUUUCCAACAAUCCGGUAUCUGAGUAGAUGGCAUGUCGUCGCCUGGCAACAAUACUAUACGGCAAAGACGAUGCUCGCGGUCUACCAGCACAAACCGCAGUCAACAGACUCAUAUCGAGAUAUAAACAUCCACGUGAAUUCUACUAUACUUACUGCUGCUAGACUGACCUGCGGCAUUGUCCUGUCAGAUACGGACGUCGGCUCGUGCAUCAACGGAGCACACCUGGCCUACUGGUGUGGCCAGUUCUUCACGGGUCGUGAGGAGCAGAGUAAGCUGCUAGAAUGGCUGGAAGGAUUUAUGCAAAAGACAAAAUGGCCUAACAAGACGUGCAUCAUGCGGCUGCAGAAACUAUGGGGGAUUUCGGACGGGCAGAGCACGACCUCGCCGCCUGUAGUAUAG